UGGGCUGGGGGGCUAUAAAAGGAGGGGCGAGAACAAGUGGCUGAGGCGCAUGAACCGCAGGCUGCGGAGGAAGGAGAUGCAGAGGUUGCGGUUUUGACGCUCUUUACGUUCAUUAAGCGGUUCGUCAAAAGUUAAGAGCUUUUUCUCACCAAGGAAACAACUUGUAGAGAUCUUCCCCACAAUGGCUCUUUGGUGCAACGCCUGCAAAUGUGUUGUCAGCUCUCCGUGCACAUCUCACCAUCUGUCCGGAGACGCGCGGCGCGCAGCCAACAGUAGGUCCAGGUCCACCAAAGGAGCUUCCAAAGCUCGGAGAGACCAUAUCAACCGUGAAAUCAGGAAUAUGCGCUCUCUGCUUCCCAUCACCCAGGAGGACCAGGAACGCCUUUCUUACCUUCACUCCAUGGCCGCCAUUUGCACCUACAUCCGAAAGUCUGUACUCUUUCAGGGGCUGCCGGCUGGGGAACGAUCCCCGUGCUCUCUGCAGUAUGAGGCCUUUCUGGAAGCCCUGCACGGCUUCAUCCUCGUCACCACAGCUCAAGGCAGGCUGGUUUAUGUGUCAGAAAAUGUGGCUAAAUACAUUGGUCUGUCUAUGGUAGAUGUUCUACAAGGAGACUCGUUUUAUGACUUAGUAGAACAUUCGGAUGUGGACAUUGUUAAGUCAAACCUCAACAUGGGAAGCAACUUGUUUUCAGAGAGGAGCUUCGUAUGUUGCAUGCAGACCACAAAGGCCUUUAAGCUGCAGCAUGGAAGCUGCUGCUCCAUGUUGGUCAGAGGAAGCUUCCAGUUCCUCCCUCAGCCCUCUUCUACAGCCUCCCCCAACGCCGAGCCCUUGUUUGUUGCCCUCUGCACCCCCACAGUAAAUCGACUGACAGGCGCUGACUCUCACUUCUGUCCCAGCUUCAGCAGCACACACAGACUGGACAUGAGUUUCACUCAGGUCUCAGAAAGUGUUUUAUACUAUGUGGGGUAUUCAGCGGAAGAAAUGAUCAAUCGAUCAUGGUACAACCUCUUGCAUCCUGGAGAUCUGUCAUUAGCUGCAGCUUCUCAUAAAAGUUUAAUGCAGGCAGAAGAGGGCUUCCAGGUAGAGAUGAUCCUGAGGCUCCAGUGCAGAGAUCUGUCAUGGACCUGGAUUUAUAUUCGAGCUAACAAGGACCCAGAGUGCCAGAGCAUCAGCUGCACUAACUACAUCAUCAGUGAAACUGAGGCCAUAUUUCUGCAGAAGAAAAUCAGCGUCUCUGCAUUCAAGCCGUUGUCUGUGCCAAAUUUCCUCUGUUCUGCUCAAGAGGUGCCUCAGAGUCAAAGCAUCAGCGCUAAAUGUUUUAAGAGGCGAAGGAUGUGUAGCAGCCAAAGCGAGGAGCUUGAAGCCAAAACAAGAAGGGAGUCGGAGCAAGAUGUUUUCUGUGCGUUGUGUCCCUCUUCACAAGGUAGCAGCUCUCCUGUUCCCCUGGAGGAGAACCCUGCACUAUUUACACCUCCCUACAGCCCGGCCUCAUCCAGCUCCCCUCUGCAGCAGGAGGAGCUCAACCCUGACCUCCUGAUGGAUGCACAUGGAUGCAAAGAUCCACUGCAGUCCUCCCCUGAGGCCUCUCCCUCGUACUACUCCUACCAAAACGUAGGACUCUCCUGUCACCAAUCACCUGCUGACUCUUUACAGAUGACUGAACAAGAAUUUGAGCGCAGAGACUUUGACAUGUUCUCCUCUUCUUCCUCCUCAACCUCCCCAGUAACAUUGUCCCAGAACUAUGAUUUCCAGGCUUGUUCAGCCAACUCUCGAUUAGUUCCAGACAGUUUCUCCAUGUCGGAAAUGUGCGAAAGCCAAGUGGAGUGUGCAUCCCUGCAUCCAGAUGAUUUCAGCCUUCUUGAUGACCCAACAUGGGGCAGUCUUGUUCCUCCUCUUCAAAUGCCCCAUCAAGAAAUUCUCAUGCACUCCAGUAUUCUGACUCCCAUCCAGUCCCCUGUAGCACCAGAGCUGUAUCUGUAUGAUGAGAGGGAGCAGGAGGAGAUCAGUAUACUAGCCCAGCAGAUUUCCUCCCUUUUCAGCAGCUUCGACAUGCACCACGGCCAGAAUCCCCUCCAAAAUGUGGCCCCAGUGGCAAAUGCAGACUGUGAUUUGCUUCAGGCCUCUCCUCUUCCUUUAACUCUGCACCCUAAGCACGAACCAGUUUAUGAUGACUGCACGCUGGACAGCAUCCUCAAGGACCUGAAUAUGGUCUCAAGAAAAAGUAGUGCACCUAGCCCUGACAUGUCCUACAGCUACCAGCAGGGCCCCGCUUCAGGGAACUCAUUGCCUGCAGAGCAGCUCAGCAAAAGUAGCAUUGCCUUAGAUCCCUUCGGUGUGCAGCUGGGAAGCCAUGACCAAAACGUUGGGUUGCAUCAACUCAAUCACUACAUGCAGAGUAGCUUCCAGCAAGAUGGACUUGCUGAGGAAACCUUGUACUGAAAUAAGUCUGUGACUUACCGUGCUACUACCCGUAUGACAUAUUGUCAGGGCAGCCCUCCUAGGAUGGAUUCAAAGAGGAUUUCAAAGUGGGAGAUUGAUGAGGGACGUCUGCAGUUAAAUGCUGAUUACUGUACCCAAAUUAAACAGAGAUAAAUAGUUUUAUUCUGUAUGUCUGUACGCUGCAGCUCUGUUGUAGCUCCUCAAAGCACUGCUCUCUGGUGUGUUUUAUGAUUUGCUGAUGUCUUUUAUCCUAAGAAAUAAAAGGUACUUUGUAAUAAUAUCUCUGACAUGAGCUACACACUGAAAUGGAGGUAUAUUUUUCAUUUAAUACUAAGUGACCACAGUUUACAUUAAGCACUUUAUCAAAGUCACCGACGCAAGAAUUUCAUAAAAGAGAAGACAGGAACCGGUACCUUGAUUUAACCAGGAUAAGCUUUAACACAUUAAUCAUUCCUUAUUAUAAACAAACCAGCUAUAUGUACUUUUCAGGUGCCUUAAAACUGUUAUUAAAGAUGUAGUUUGGUAAAUUGAUGAUUUAUUGAUUUACUUCUGGAAGUGACAUUAAUGCUUUAUGCUGUCAGGGAUGGAGGUAACCAGCAGCAGGACAGAAAUGAUUGUAAAUUCAGCUUCUACCUCAGUAGCAAAGCUCAACACAUUCCAAGUCAGAUCUUGUCAUUUAUUGUAUUUAUUCUGUUUUGAA